UGAGUUCAUCUGCGCCACUCGCGUUGCCAUCGUCCCAAGCCGCCAUCAUGGUGAAGCUCGCCAAGGCCCAUAAAAAUCAAGGCGAUCCCAAGAAGAUGGCACCUCCUCCCAAGGAGGUAGAAGACGACAGUGAGGAUGAGGACAUGUCGGAUGAUGAAGAAGAAAGCAGUGGAGAAGAGGAGGUAGAAGACGACAGUGAGGAUGAGGACAUGUCGGAUGAUGAAGAAGAUGACGACGAUGAUGAGGAUGAUGACUCAGAGGAAGAGGCUAUGGAGGUCACACCAGCCAAAGGCAAGAAAGCACCAGCCAAGGCAGUCCCUGUAAAAGCCAAGAGCAUGGCUGAGGAGGAAGACGACGACGAGGAGGAAGAGGAUGACGAGGAGGAUGAGGACGAGGAGGAAGAGGAAGACGACGAAGAAGAGGAAGAAGAGGCAGAACCUGUCAAAGAAGUGUCUGGGAAGCGGAAGAAGGAGAUGGCCAAGCAGAAGUCUGCCCCUGAAGCCAAGAAACAGAAGGUGGAAGCUGUUGAACCAACUACAGCCUUCAACCUCUUCAUUGGAAAUCUGAACUGCAAUAAGUCUGCUCCUGAAUUAAAAACUGGUCUCAAUGACCUUUUUGUGAAAAACGAUCUGACUGUGAUGGAUGUUAGAAUUGGUACGACUAGGAAGUUUGGCUAUGUGGAUUUUGCAUCUGCUGAUGACCUGGAAAAAGCUUUGGAACUCACUGGCUUAAAAGUUUUUGGCAAUGAGAUUAAACUAGAGAGACCGAAGGGAAAGGACCAUAAGUAUGCAUUCAUAGAAUUUGCUUCAUUUGAAGAUGCUAAAGAAGCUUUAAGUUCUUGUAAUAAAAGGGAAAUCGAGGGCAGAGCAAUCCGGUUGGAGUUGCAAGGAGCCAGGGGAUCCCCGAAUGCCCGGAGCCAGCCUUCUAAGACCCUGUUUGUCAAAGGGCUGUCUGAAGAAACCACUGAGGAGACCUUGAAGGAAUCAUUUGAUGGCUCUGUUCGGGCCAGGAUAGUCACUGACCGGGAAACCGGCUCUUCCAAAGGGUUUGGCUUUGUGGACUUCAACAGUGAGGAGGAUGCGAAAGCCGCCAAGGAGGCCAUGGAGGAUGGCGAGAUCGAUGGCAACAAAGUGACCUUGGACUGGGCCAAGCCCAAGGGUGAAGGCGGCUUCGGGGGACGAGGUGGCGGCAGAGGAGGGUUUGGAGGCCGAGGUGGCCAUGGCAGAGGAGGCCGUGGUGGAUUCGGUGGCAGAGGCCGGGGAGGCUUUGGAGGACGAGGUGGCUUCCGGGGAGGCAGAGGAGGAGGAGGAGACCAUAAGCCACAAGGAAAGAAGACGAAGUUUGAGUAACUCUUGUGUCCCUGUCUUUGCUGCUUCUGUUUGAAAGAAAGGACUCUGGGUGUUACUCUUACCGGAUCAUGACAGAGCCUUUGGUGGACAUUCCGAGUAGAGAGAGAGAGCCCUGUGGAGACGACGUUUCAGCCGAUGUAUAAAUCCGUGUUUUUCCUACAGAUAGUUUUUUUUGGGGUGGCGUUGGGGGGGAAUUUUGCCUCAGUGACUUUGGGACAAAUUAAAAAGUCCUAAGCUCUGG